AUGCAUACGGCGUUCUCUCGAGCACAGCUGCUGCGAAAGGCGCUUCCCCCGCUUCUCUUGAAGCAAUACCCAAAUGUGUGUGGAGUUCUCCAGGUCACCAAUGGUGCUAUGCAGGAGGGACCAAACAACGGUGAGUUGCAUAAGAGGGUGAUCAGGGGGAAUGAACCUUUUCCCUUGGCUGAUGAGGAGAAUCUAUUAUCACAGUCGCGAGGCGGACGUUACUCAAAUGUCGUUGAAAAGCAUUCAGCCGUUGAAAAGGCGUCAAAGGAUAGUCGUUCUUUUCCUGUGGGGGAAACUACUACUAUGGAACUUUCAAAUCCAUUUUGUCCGACGGACAAAAAUGAUAGUGAGCAAGAAUGCACUCAGGCGAUGAAUGAAGAGGAGGAACCGAAGCUGAGUUCAGAAAAGUGUAUUGUACUCAAGAUGGCUUUGAAUGGGGCUUCUCUGUUUAUUGGCGGUGAUGCCGGGACAGGAAAGUCUUUCUUGCUGCGUCGCAUUGCCAAUAAGCUCGAGAAGAGAGGGCUUCGCGUCGCUCUUACCGCCUCUACUGGCAUCGCCGCACUUGGGAUUGGAGGGAAUACGUUUCAUGGCACUUUUGGGGUUCCUGUUGUCUCGGGCGAUGAGAAGAGUUCAGCAGAUGCUGGCGCUUCGCCACGCAUUUGGUUCGAUCCCGACUCGUUGGCAACACUGGAUGUCAUAAUCGUCGAUGAAGUGUCCCUCCUGCAUGCGGGUCACAUUGAAGGGCUUGACUUGGCAGCUCGUGCAGCCCCUGGUAAAGCCCAACACGUUCCAUUUGGUGGGAUUCAGGUGAUACUUGGCGGUGACUUCAUGCAACUCAUGCACAGUGCCUCAUGGAACGAGGCCAAUCAACGGCGGAUACUCUGUAAGGGACUGGACCGUAAUGGUGAUGCAGUGCAGGGCUCAACCGAAGAGAAAAAAGGGGUGAUGAUAUCUCUGAAUGACGAAAACGUUGCCGGGAAGCAUCUCUACACCAAGCCUGGCGAUGACAUGCCCUCUCUUGGUAGCAGGCGCCGUAACAUGAGGCGCUUUUAUGCACGUCCUGUAUUUGAAAGUCCCGUCUUUCAUCAUUGCUUGAUUCACGUGCGGCUGAGUGAAGUGGUGCGGCAGGCGGAGGACCCUGCGUUCCUUGCCGACCUUAACAAACUGCGCUUCGGUGUUCUCACACACCGACUGUCGCGAUCUGCUGUACGGAACCCAGAGGACCCUAACGCCAUUCGCCUGUUCCCGACUAAACGCGCAGUCAUUGCAUUUAACGCGUCUAAAAUGCUCGAGUUGGAUGGGGAAGAGCGCUGCUUCCGAAGUGAACUUCAGGUGUCGGGCUGCGGCAGCCGCACAAGAGCAUCAGCGAGUGGCUGUGGGAACAGCGGCGGUAGAAGUAAUGCUCUGAAAGAGGUGCUUAUUCUUCACUUCCGUGAUAAGAUGAUGCAUUCCACGAAGUGGCGGCGAGAGGCCGAGAGAUUGGUGUAUGAGCUUUGCUCUUGUUGCCACCUAAGCAGUGCCGUCCGAACGAUGAUCCCACCCGUGGCUUCGAGGUAUUGUCGCCACCUCUGCGUGUACGUGCGGUUCGUGGAUAAGCCUCGGAAUGAGAUGGUGAAGGCGAUGUCUGCACUCCAGGCUGCGAUUGGUGACAAGUUCCUCGCCAGGACGAAAGAGGCUGAAGUGGCCAGAAAACUCUGGGGAACGGUCUUUUGGGAAGUUCGUCAAGAUGAUUAUUUGGAGCGCUCUCUUCGUUCAGCCUUUGAGCGACGGUACUCCAAAAUCAUUCAACACGAUUAUUUGUUCCAGCAUAAGCGGCUGAAAGUAGGUUGCCGAGUUAUGCUCCUGCGAAACCUCAAUAAACAGUAUGUCAAUGGCUCACUCGGGACCAUUGUCAGCUUUCAGCCUUUCCGCAACGUUCGUCACCUUCUUCCCUCAAACCUCAAGGUGCUGCUCUCACGAUCCCAUUACGCCUUUCUUCAACGAAAACAACAGCUCAGUGGUGCGCCUGACCCGUGGAAGCAGACGGCAGAAGAUAUUGGUGACAACAACAGCGAUGAAACGAUUGUUCCUGUUGUGCAAAUGGACUCAGAUGGUAAUGAAGUUGCCAUACCAUGGAUCUCCAUUUCAAUGCCAGCAGAACUGCGAGAGGGUUUUUGUGCAGUGCGUGUGGUUGUGAUGCCCCUCGCCCCUGCCUACGCCUACACCGUGCACAAGGUGCAGGGAAUAACAUUUGACCACUCCCUUCUUUUUGACGGCAGCGGGUGCUUCCCGUGCGACCAUCUUGUCUACGUUGCCGCCAGCCGUGUGAGGUUCUCUUCACAGUUUCGCAUGGUUAAUGUCUCCCCCCGCAUGAUAUCUGUUCAUGCUGGCGCGUUAAGAUUUUCCUCAAGCCUUCACAAUGCAACGGAGGCAGCAGCGGCGUGGAAAGGGUGGAAGAAUGCACAGACGUCGAAGGAAGCUCUGUCGUCACUGUCAAAGUUCUCGCUGUAUUAUGCGGCGUGGAAAUUACGUCGAAGACAGAAUGAGAAACACGAUAAGUAA